UACCUCCUCAUUCUCACGGUGAGCACUUGCAUUGCACGCGCGCGCGCACAAAGACACUCUCUAGCAAGGGACGCGCUGUAGUACUAUAUAAUCCGGUAGUGCUCUCACAUCGAUCGCUCACGCUGACACUACGCUAGGCUGCUACUACGGCCAGGGUCUCAUCACCUCUUCCACUACGACCACAACCUCUCGCCUGCCUGCCAGUUUCUGCGCCCCACUACGCCGCCCACCCCGAUCCUGCCGGGCACCACGCGCGCGCAGCAAUGGCCGCCCACCAGUGACGGGCCCGACAGCACCGGCGGCAUGCCGGACGACGCUUACCUUCUCUGCGCCGAGGACGCCGCCGCCGCCUUCUUCGGCGCCGCGGCACCCGCCGCCGGCAGCACCUGCACCGGGGCCGGCGACGACGACGACGACGACGGGUGCUGCUGCUCCGCAGGCGAGGAGGCGGAGUCGGCGGCCUCAAUCGCCGAGCUCAUCGGCGGCGAGGCAGACUACUCGCCGAGACCGGACUACCCCGACCGCCUCCGGUCGCGGUCCAUCGACCCGGCCGCCCGGGCCGAGUCGGUUGCAUGGAUUCUCAAGGUGCAAGAAUACUAUGGAUUUCUUCCCUUGACAGCCUACCUCGCCGUCAACUACAUGGACCGGUUCCUCUCGCUCCACCGUCUGCCGGAGGACGGGUGGGCGAUGGAGCUGCUGGCCGUGACCUGCCUCUCCCUAGCCGCCAAGAUGGAGGAGACUCUCGUGCCCUCACUCCUGGACCUUCAGGUCGAGGGCAUCAGCAGAUACGUGUUCGAGCCCGGGACGAUCGGCCGGAUGGAGCUCCUCGUCCUGACGGCGCUGAAUUGGCGGCUCCGGUCGGUGACACCUUUCACCUUCAUCGACUUCUUCGCCUGCAAGGUCGAUCCGGGAGGGAGGCACACGAGGUGCCUCAUCGCCCGGGCCACACAAGUCAUUCUAGCUGCAAUGCAUGACAUCGAGUUCUUGGACCACUGCCCAUCGGCAAUGGCUGCAGCUGCCGUGCUCUGCGCCACCGGCGAGACGCCGUCGCUGGAGUCCGUCAGCCCCGGGGCCGCCGUCGGCUGGUGCAUCGGCCUUGCAGAGGAAACCAUCGGCAGCUGCUACAGACUGAUGCAGCAGCUCGUGAUCGGCGGCAACGUUCAGACAAGGGCGGCCGGCACCACAGCAUCGGCACUGAACCUGUGCUGCUCAGACCAGGCCCUGUCCUCGCACUCCUCGUCCUCCUCCUCGCCUCCCCCGGCCAAGAGGAGGAAGAGGUCGCCGCCGGGCAUUUGAAAACGCAAGUAGAUAGCAUUGUUUACAUGGGCCUUUUUUUUUGCAGAUUAACAGGGUUUGAUCGAUUUCUUUCUUUGCAGUUUGUUGUUGUGUUCCUGCGAUUCUUUCUUUCUUUCUCUUUUCUGCUCUUCCUUUUGUCAUUUGUUCUCUUCUUUUGGGGUUGGAUCUUUACACCUCGGUGGGGGGCUCUGCCUGCUCGAUCGGCCCAGCCAUGAUGGCGGCCUCUGGCCUCUGCACUGCCAUCCAGUCUGUGAAGGUGUCGAGGAGAUAGAGAGAUGAGGCAUCUAGAGAGAGAAAGGCAGCUGCAGGCUGCACCAGACACAUUUGUGUUUCUCUGUGCAACGCUCAGUGGGUCUUCUUCAACCCCCGACGCAGAGCUGCAGAGGAACCAUUGAUUGGUCAGCGAGGAAGGAAGCCAUGGCUGCAGCAGAUGGAGAGGAUUAAAAAAAAGAGGCGAUGAGGAUGCAGUUCAAAGUGGAUGGUUGGAUCAUGAUUGGUAGGGUUAAAUGGUGGUGGUCAAAGAGCGGUCAGGGCUGCUCCUGCCAAGAUGCAGCAGGUCCUGCCCUGCAAAGUUCCUGUUCAUAUUCAUGAGGGCAAAAAUUGUUUGUUUCCGAGUGGCUUGUUGGUAUUUUGUUGAUGCUACUGAAGAUGGGCGUCAGAGGGAGGGGGGGCAUGCUUUGCUGUGAUGGGAGGCACAUGCAAGCGUGCCCUAGUGUGUGGUGGUGCUCCGGAGGGAAAUAUUUGUCCAUCUCCGGGGCUAACAGUGUCCAAGCAUGAGGCUUUUGGGGGCCCCUUGCUACUUGUUUCCAUUUGUAUCUCUUCUUUGAGUAUCAAUAAGGAUCUUGCCAUUUGAAUUGGCUUGACAAGAGAGAUAAAAAGAGAGAGAGAGAGAGAGAAUUGUGCUGCUGGAAUGUAUGAUUUAACAGUGUUCAUGCUGUGUUGUUCUCGGUCAGAA